AUGAUAUUCUCACUGCUGUUGUGGAUAACGCCAUUGCUACUGUUGAUUUAUCUCUCCAAUACCUACGCCCUUGUGCCAUCUCGGAUACCCGGUCCACUUCUAGCCAAGUUUACCGAUCUAUGGCGCUUACUGUCCGUCUACGGUCGAAACACUCAUGAAGAACAGGACAAGCUUCAUAAACGAUAUCGAGGACGAUCAGAUCUGGUUAGGUUAGGGCCAAACCUAGUCUCUGCCUCUGGUCCAGGCUACAUUCAGCAAAUCUACGCCAUCGACAAGAAACUCCCAAAGAGCAACUUCUAUGCAACUUUCCAAAACAUUGUCAAUGGGCGCAGAGCUGCUAGUCUAGUGGCCGUCACGGACGAGGCUGUACAUGCCAGGAUGAAGAGGCUUGUUGCCAAUGCUUAUGCACUUUCAACUCUCGUGGAGUUUGAGCCACUCGUCGACAGCACUACCAAUUUUUUCUUAGACACUUUGCAGCAACGCUUCGCAGCUGAGAAGAAGGAAAUUGAUCUUGGAUUCUAUCUGCAGGCAUAUGCCUUUGAUGUGAUGGGCGAGCUCACCAUGUCGAGACGGCUAGGCUUCAUCGAACAAGGCAUGGAUGUCAAUAAUAUUAUGAAAUCUAUUGAUGCGAACUUUGAGUAUUUCUCAGUCAUUGGCCAGAUGCCAUGGUUAGAUGAAUUGCUCGGAAAGAAUCCUAUGUAUGUCAAAUACUUUCGCAAGAAUGUUUCGAGUCCAAUAUUGAAGUUCGCUCAGCAGUUGCUACAGGAACGACUACAACAUUUGGAAAGUGGCAAGGAGUCAGAGAAGGAAAGCGCGAUAGGCAAGCCAGAUUUCCUGGCACGAUUUUUGCAAGCAAAGAGUCAAGCUUCUGGCGACGAGGAAACAGAGCCUAUGACGGAUGGGCUGCUACUCUCGCUCAUGUUUGGUAACAUUAAUGCAGGUGCAGACACAAUCGCGACCACUCUUAGAGCCGUCUUCUACUAUCUACUUACUCAUCCGAAAGAGCUUGCAACGCUAAAACAAGAACUUCAAACAGCUCAGGAUAACGGAGCUGUCACCAUGUCCUGUCCUACCUGGCACGAGUCUCAGUCGGAACACUUGGUAUACACCAGAUGCGUCAUCAAAGAGGCUAUACGUCUGUGGCCAGCACUCUCCCUCCCACUCGAACGUGUCGUAGUAGAUCCAGCCGGUCUACCUCUACAUUCGCCAGACGGCGAAGACAAAAUCGUGCUUAAACAAGGCACAAUAGUCGGUAUCAACCCUUAUGUCCUUCACCGUGACCCACGAGUCUUCGAUCCUAAUUUUACCGACUCAUCCUCUCCAUCCAACGUCGACUCCUUUGACCCAGCGCGUUGGCUACCUUCGAACUCCAGCCUGAAGAACUCAAGAGGCAACACCGACGCUCAAUUAAAGACCAUGGAACACGACUUGCUCACCUUCAGUGCAGGGAAGAGAAGUUGCUUGGGCAAGAACAUCGCGAUGAUGGAGAUGUGCAAGGUAGUUCCUGCUUUGAUCAUGAAGUUUCCGAACAUGCAGCUUGUGGACAAGAGUAGGUGGAAGGUGAAGAAUGCUUGGGUUCUUGCUCAGACUGGGCUGUUUGUGAAGUUGAAUCCUUGA